AUGUCCUUCAAAGCGGUCGUUCUAGUCGGAGGCCCACAAAAAGGUGAGGAGGCGAGUGUCUGAACGGAGAAAAGCGGCCGCCCCUUCUUCCUCGCAAAAGGCGACCCUUUCCUGCAUACCAUUCGCCACCACUCGCUUUGCCAAUCAUGAUACUUGCUGCUGGAGCUCUUCUCUCCCUGUACGCCUUCUUUUUGGUGCUCCCCAUCAUCAUUAUGGCUUAUGUGGCACAGCAUCAUCCACUUCGACUUUAGAGUGAUAAAGCUGAACACGUAGAUCACAAAUUUCGAAAGCUUUAGGCCCGAUGUCAUAGAAUUCUGUUGUUUUAGUUUGAUUCCGUAGUUCUACUGUCUAUUAUUCAUUCCCAAAAAUGUGAGUUUUCCAUUAAAAAAAGGUGAUCACUGGCGAAAGUUAACAGCCUAGGUGACGUUAGAUAAAGACUGAUAGGACUCGUUUUAAGAGACCGUAUAACAGAAAAGGGCAAAUAGUAGUUGAAUUAGGGGUUUAUCUUAAAAACAAAGAUUAUAAGUAGACAAUAACAUAAAGAAAACAAUUGAAGUGCGGUCGUUUUUCAGGCACCCGUUUCCGUCCAUUAUCUCUACAAUUGCCUAAACCUCUGUUCCCAAUCGCCGGUGUCCCUCUCAUUGAGCAUCAUAUCGACCAACUCUGUCAGGUAUUCCUGCUCCUGUAAUUUUUCAGAUCUUUCAAGUAGUUCUUCUUUUCCAGCUCUCUGGCCUGUCUGAAAUACUGCUUCUCGGCUUCUUCCCAACGGAUCUCUUCACCGAAUUCAUUGAUCGUUGCCAGAAGACGUACCGUGUCAGCAUAAAAUAUCUCGAGGAACCCACUCCGCUCGGUUCGUUCUUUUUCACCCAUUCCGAACCGGUUCUUAUGCAAUUUGCUUGUCAUUUUUUCCCGAGAACAUAACAAAUGAGGUGGAACGAAAACGAGUGGUUCAGGUUAGGCGGUGUUUUGACUGACGUCGCGGGGCACAAAAAAACUUGAAUAGACCUUUUUAUCAAAAGAAUUAUGAAAGGAAAGACUAGACAGUAUGAAGAGGACAAGAAUGUUUGCUUUUGAAUACCAUUUGACAGAAGAAAAACCAAAGACCAUGACGCUGUUCAGGAACUGCCGGUGGCCUCGUCUCCUUCAAGUCGACAAUCCUUUCUGGAGAUCCAGACGCCGUCUUCGUCAUUAACGCUGAUGUUUGCGGCGACCUUCCGAUCGAGGACAUGGGCGCCAAAUUGGACUCCCUCGCCGGAUCCCGAAUGCUCAUGCUCACAACCGAAGCCACGCGACAGCAAUCGAUCAACUUCGGAUCGGUGCGUUCCUAUUCCAAAUUGGGGAACUUCUUUUCUAUCUCGCCAAAUCAGUUCUUCAGGUGGUGACGGAUUCCGAAGGAAAAGUGGUUCAUUACGUUGACAAGCCUACUACAUUCGUGUCGACGAACAUUUCUUGCGGAGUCUACCUGAUCAAGUCGGAAGUGAUCCGGAAGCUCGAUCUUCCGAUGAACGGCGACGGAAUCUGGCUCGAGACAGACGUCCUUCCGCAGCUCGCAGCCUCCGGGGACCUGUACGCUCUCCACACAACCAGAUGGUGGAGUCAGACCAAAACUGCCGCGUGAGUGUUCAAAAUUGCUGUCACCUAAUAAAAUCAUUCUGAUUUCAGAGCUGUCCUGUACGCCAAUCGCCACUAUCUCCGUCUCUACAAAAAGCGAUACGCAGCCAGAUUGUGCAAGAACGGCGCCCAGAUUAUUGGCGACGUCUUCAUUGAUCCGAGUGCCAAAGUGCAUCCGACUGCGAAGAUCGGUCCGAAUGUUAGCAUCGGGCCGAACGCCGUCAUCGGAAAAGGAGUUCGCAUCAAGGAAUCGAUCAUUCUCCCAGAAGCUGUCAUCGAGGAGUACGCGUGUGUGCUCCAAUCGGUCAUCGGAUGGCGUUCUGUAGUUGGAGUAUGGUCUCGGAUCGAAGGCAUUCCGAUCGAGCCCAACCCAAACUUGCCGUUUGCGAAAGUGAGUGUUUUCUCUGAAUUACAAUCAAGAAGUCAAGGAAUUCUACUAUCAAUGUCUAUUGUUAACUGUUACGAUUUCCAGAUGGAUAACAAGCCGCUGUUCCUGCCGGACGGACGCCUCACUCCAUCCCUGACGAUCCUCGGCUCCGACGUCUCCGUGGCUCCUGAAACGAUCAUUCUGAACUGUGUUGUCCUUCCGUACAAGGAGCUUACUUGCAGUUAUAAAAACCAAAUAAUCCUCUAA